AUGAGUAGUAUCGUUAAUAAGAGCGGUGUUAGAUUUGCACCUAAAGCUAGACAGCGGAGAACUGCUGCGGCACCUCCUGUCUCAAGCAGCGCGAAAACACUGGCGACAUUAUCCAGCGGUGAAAGUUCAAAGACUAACUCUAAUGUCGCAUCAGACAAUGAGAAAUCUACCGAAGAAGAGACUUUACAUGCAGAUGAUCCACAUGCUGUUCCAAAGAAUCUACAAGUACCAGAAUUAGGUGACUCUUCCCACACAUUGGUUCAGGACUCUCACGAUCCGCUUAACACUUCGACACAAUUACAUCCCAAAAAUGUGAGCAGAAGGCCGUCUAUAAUCGCUGGUCAAGUGCCGUCCAUUGGCAAUCAUAACCAAAGGCGAUCUAGUCGUUUGGAUUCAUUGAGCGGUAAUUCUAAUAGAGUCCUAUUGAAAUCGCCGUUUGGAACUGGAAAUGAAUCACAAACUGAAAGGAGACUAUCGACUAUAUCCAAUGAUUCACUGAACAGGCGGAUGCGUAUGAAUAGCAUAACUGCUGAGAAUGACCCAACCUUACAAGCAAUAAAGAAAAGAAGACUAUCUAGCCGAGGCUCAAUUGCUAAGAAAGGUGGAUCUACGCAUAGGAUUAGUAUCGUUACUAAAAUUGAACCACCAAAGGAAAAGUCGGCAUCUCCUUCAGACCAUGAUAUAUAUAAGAAGCAAGAGAAAGCGGAAAACGAUGAGAACGACGAAGACAAGAAAUUUACAAUCAAAUCGUUAAAACAACUUCCUAACAAGGUCGACGAUGAGAGUUCUAGUAAGUAUCAAAUUGAUGAAGAACAUUUUACUAUGGCGGAGCUAUGUAAGCCACAUCUGCCAAUAGGUGAAAUAUCAGAGAAUUUUGAGAAAGCGCAGGAAGCUAGCAGAGAAAAGAUGAAAAGACGUAGGGAAAGGAAAGAGCUGCGAGAAAAGGCUAAGAAGGAAUUCAAAUCCAUAUAUUCAUUAAAUAAAGAGCAGAUCGAACAGGAGAGAGAAGCAAGAACCAAGAAGCAACAAGAACUACAAGCACAGGAGGAGUCCUACGAUUCACAACCAGCUGCCCCUUCAUCAUUGCAAGUUAAACUAGUUGACGGUAGGAUUGAACUUGACUCAGAAUCCACAUAUAUUGACAGACAUGACCAAGCCAGGAAGGAUAACAUGUACAAAGAGAGGAAAUAUGGCAAUCCAUUCGAAAAUCUUUACAAUUCGGCUACGUACGGUAAGAAUAAUUUCACGGACCCUUGGACUGCGGAUGAAUUAGUUAAGUUUUACAAAGCAUUAUCCAUGUGGGGUACUGACUUCAACCUCAUUGCGCAGAUGUUCCCAUAUAGAACGAGGAAACAAGUCAAGUCUAAGUUUAUCAAUGAGGAGAAGAAGCAUCCAAUAAUGAUAGAAUUAGCACUGCGAUCCAAACUGCCACCAAACUUCGAUGAGUACUGUUCUGAUAUAAAGAAGGAGCUUGGAACUGUGGACGAGUUCAAUAAGAAGGUUGAGGAGCUACAGAAGGAACAUGAGCAACACUUCAAAGAGAUCGAGCAAGCUAAGGCCAAGGCUGCAUUGGAGGAUAGUGAAAUCGAGAGGAAAAAGAUGGAGAACCAGCGCUCGAACAAGAAGUCUUCAGGUGGUUUCAUGACUGAUGACUUAAAGGUUUACAGAAAGCAAGAAGUCGUUCUAGGUACAAUUGAUGAAAUGAAGAUGAAGAGGGUAAGCAAGCAAGAGGAUGAAGAAGAGAUAUAA